CAAAUGCUUGCAUGGCAGGUGCACGGCAGUGCCAGCCAGGUCUCUCGCAGGGUGGUGUGGACACAGAUGACUCUUGUGUUCAGCACACGUGUUGUGGCUUGCACUAUGAGCUCAAUUGAACAGUGUUUCAGGAAGGAAGCCACAUCGGGGAGCUGAGAGGUGGGCGGGAAGGACACAAGGGAGGGAUCUGGGUCCUUGCAGGUACUUUCGCCUCUUGUUCUAUUUGAAGAUUGCAGCUGGGAAGGCGCCAAGCUGCUGGUCCCUGAAAAGCUGCCGCCUACCCUGGUCUGGAGCUCCUGUGAGCGGCGUGGAGCAGGAAGGGGUUGCAUCACAGCUGAGUCCUUCCCUGGGCAGCGCAUAGUAUGGAUGCCACCCCACUGAGGGCUGUUCUGGGGCCCAGGGGCCAUGUCAGCCAGGGUGUCAUCCGCCGGGCAUUUGGAGAAAGCAGGGAAAGGUGUCGGUGUCCAGCAUCCUGGUGCGGAGAACGCUGCCGAACCACUAUGAGAAGGCGGGGAGACUGCUUGUCAGGCUGGGUUGACUUCCUGGGCGGUUGGGAGAAGGAUGUGCAGACUGUGGAACUGGCGGGUGUCAGGGACCAGAAGUUAUGAAGGCGAUGGGAAGAGGAGCAGCUGCGGGAAGGACUGGCUGCCAAGACCAUGGUCUGUGGGCAUCCUCAGGGCAGGAGCUGGGUGGAAAAGGGGCCUCUUCAGUCCCCUUGGCAGCGAAGGGAUCGACUACAAGACUACCACCAUCCUGCUGGACGGCCGGCGUGUGAAGCUGGAGCUCUGGGACACAUCGGGCCAGGGCCGGUUCUGCACCAUCUUCAGGUCCUACUCCAGGGGCGCUCAGGGGAUCCUCUUGGUGUAUGACAUCACCAACCGCUGGUCCUUUGAUGGCAUCGACCGCUGGAUCAAGGAGAUCGAUGAGCAUGCACCCGGAGUCCCCCGGAUCUUGGUUGGAAACCGGCUGCACCUGGCCUUCAAGCGGCAGGUCCCGACAGAGCAGGCUCGCGCGUACGCAGAGAAGAACUGCAUGACCUUCUUCGAGGUCAGCCCCCUGUGCAACUUCAAUGUCAUCGAGUCCUUCACGGAGCUGUCCCGCAUCGUGCUCAUGCGGCACGGCAUGGAGAAGAUCUGGAGGCCCAACCGAGUGUUCAGCCUGCAGGACCUCUGCUGCCGGGCCAUCGUCUCCUGCACCCCCGUGCACCUCAUCGACAAGCUUCCACUGCCGGUCACCAUCAAGAGCCACCUCAAGUCCUUCUCGAUGGCCAACGGCAUGAACGCAGUCAUGAUGCAUGGCCGUUCCUACUCGCUGGCCAGCGGGGCUGGGGGCGGCGGCAGCAAGGGCAACAGCCUCAAGAGGUCCAAGUCCAUCCGCCCACCCCAGAGCCCCCCCCAGAACUGCUCGCGGAGUAACUGCAAGAUCUCCUAGCGGGGACGGGCGGGGCCGCCUGUGCAGAUGCCGGGAGGGCUCGAGCUGGACACUCCUGGCUGGACGCCAGGCCAGUGCCGCCUGCGUGGAGACUGUCCACACAGCUGCCUCAGAAGCACCGGGCUCUCCUCACACCUGAGCCGGGUGCGAGGAGGAGCAUGCACGGACCAUGGGUGGCAGGCGGACCAUGGGUGGCAGGCGGGAGGAGGGGGCGCGGCUGGGCUGGGAUGCUUCCCGGAAUCUUGGUCUGAAACAAGCCGGGCCUCCCCAGCUGCCUGGGCUCGACCAGCGGGGAGCCUGCUUCGCCUUUCUUAUUUAUAUCGAGAACACUUCACUUUUUUGUACAUUUCUAAGGGGCCUUCAGGGAAGCCUGGGUGUGGCCCCGUGGUGGUGCACUGGUGACUUCAUGGCCACGCCAGCUAUGGGGACGCACUUGGGACUCCUGGUGAGGAGAUUCUUGGCAGCGAUGGCAAGGCAUCCUGUGAAUCCAUGCGCUGCGAGUGGCAGGGCUGCCCAGAGGCUGGGGGAGCAGACAGGGCCGGUGCUCCCUCUGGAAGCUUGGGUGACCUGGGCCCUGGCUCCCACAGGAUGGAGGGUGUAGUCCUGUGGUCAGAGCCCAAGCAGCACUCAGGGGAGAAAGGAGGUUCACUUGGGAGCCCACGCCUUGUUGCUCCCCAAAUCCCUCCCCACGUGGGGCUGAGAACCUUCCUGCUGUGAUGUGACACCUUCGGGGACAUUGACCACUCAAAACUCAGAUCAUCAUCUCGCCCACCCUGGAGAGUGCAGAGCUAUCUGUAGACUUAGGAAUACUCGAUGGGCGGCGGCACAGACCCCGGGCACCUGCGUGCAGCCUCCUGUUCUUGGCAGCUUCUGUCGCUGGCCCUGGGGUCCCCACAGCUGCAGCUCUCCAGUGAGGUUGCACGGCAUCGGAACCAUCCUGACCUCCUUAGGCACAUGCCUGGAACCACCUCGUCCACGUCCACCUGGGGGCCACGGGAGGCUAGGCCCCUCCUCAAAGGCCCACCAGACUGGCGCUCGUGCUGAGCCCCAGGCACGCAGGGCCGGCCACCUCUCUCCUGAAGCCACUGGCCACUCCUCCACCCAGUGCUUCUGCCCACGCCUGCCCCAGCAGCCCCUCUGUAGGGUCGCAGUCGCCUGGGCCUGCCCACAGCACUGGUGCUCACCUCUACCUCCUGCCCUCAGGCUGUGCGGCACGGUGUGGCCAGCACGCAGAAGGAGCCCUCCCGGGACCCAGGACCCCUGUGGUGGACUCCGUGGCACAUGCCUCCCAAGGUAGUCCCACGGAGGGUGUUACUGGGCACCAGUGGACUCGCCCCAUGGCCCGUUCCUGGGAGGUGAGGGCUGUGGCCCGCGUGAACUGCCGGAUGGUAAGGGAACCCCAGGUGGGCGGCCCUGCCACAGCCCCAGAGACAGUGGCUCCUGCCCCAGCUUCCCUGUUCUGGCCCCACCUGUCCUGUUGCUGCCAGCAGGGCCCUUGUUUGGGAUUAUGAACAAACCUCACAGACUUUGAGGACCUAGAUGGUCCUGCAUUCAUGGCAUCAACACUACCCGCACUGCUGUUAGACACUCCACCAUUCCUGGUUCUUUCCGAACCAUUCUUUGUACAGUAAAUGUAAUUCGGCUGUGGUC